GCUGGCUUUAGCAGCCAUCUUCGUCCUCGCCCCUCCUGCCCUGGCCCUCGACUGCUCCCGACCCGCGUCGUGGUCGGUAGAUGGUGUGCGGCCGAUGGAGCAGUUGCGCGGCAAUGUGACGUUGGUGGCGCUGCUAAAGGCCAGCUGAUCCUUCUGUAGAACCCAGGCCGCAGGUCUGGAAAUUCUCCGUGGUUUGUUUGCUGAUCACGGCAUGCCCGACAUCAACAUGAUCAUCAUCAACGACUACAGCAACGGCUCCCUCCUCAUGUACAACCAGCUGGCCAGACUGGUCACCUUCCCUGUCUACCAAGACACUCCGCACCUCGGACUUUGGGAGCGAGUCUACGGCGGCCACAAGGACGAUUUCUUCAUAUUUGACAGAUGUGGACAACAGACCUACCAUAUUGAAUUCCCAAUGACCAUCCUUCGCUAUCACUACACCCAGAUGGCACUCUGGACCACCUACUAUGACAGCCCAUGCUACUGUCGGCUCAAUUAUCAACGCCAUCAUGGUCGGAGACAUCACCAUCACGACCAUUCCUCAACUCGUCAUCAAACCAACCCCCAUGAUCAGAUGCAGGGAGAUGAUCCUACCGUAGAACGUCUACCCUCGAGAUCCCCCAGAUGUCAAGACCUUUUGUGUAGGAUUCUGAGAAGACUGCGACGUCAGAACAGGCUGAACCAUAACAGAGAUAACUUUGCACAUCGCCAUAGGCAGCACUGAGCCUGACCCAGUGCCCCUUCCACAACCCGUACACCUACUCAUGAUUGUCUGUGCUCCUCGCACGAGUCGAGCCGGAGAUGAUCGUGUUACCAGCAGCUGGCUGACCUUGGUGACAGUCGUCCCGUGGGCUGGAGAUGUUCCUGACAUCGUCCACCUCCAGCUCUAAGGGAGAGAUGUCUCUGUCAGGCCUGCAGACAUCAGUCUCCUAAAUCCAAACCCUGACGUCUUCAGAACAGGUGACAGUGACGUCAGCAGAGUGAUCUGUCACUGAAACGUUGUCAGUGACCCGCAGUCUCAGAAUCCAGAUGUAACUGACCAGCCUCUGGCGGUGACUGCGAGUGUCGUUUUAGACAUGGCACUUGAUCAUGAUCUUCAACAGUUGCUCGUCGCUGAAGCUGCCCCAGUGGCUCUGAGUGCUGACAGUGUCAAGAAGGAGGUCACAAUUGUCAGUGACCAAGAACAGGAGCUUCCUGUCGUUGACCAGGUACAGGGUCCUCCUGACAGUGACAGCUUCAGACGUCUGACGGGUCACCCUCCACUUGACAGUGACCAGCUGGUUUGGGGGGUAGCUGACAGUGACAACACAGCUCAGGACAAAAUCCAUCAUCUUGACAAUGACCUUCAGGUUUGGGGUCAUCUUGACAGUGACAAGGGCAGGUCACUAGUGGACCAGGUCCACUGUACCAGUGACAGGCGCAGGAAUCCGGCUCUGUUUCAUGACUGUGUCAGACUCGGCCACAGUCCUGAGACUGACCAUCUGGACUUGCAGGCUCUUGACAAUGACAAGGGCAAUCCAGCUCUUCUCCCAUCUCCUGUUCUUGACCAUCUGGUUUAGAAUCCUGACAGUGACAAGGUGACAACUCACGUGUCUCCUCUCCCUCCACCUGAGUGUGAUCGGAGAGUAGUUGGUUCAGCUCCCGAGUCACAUGACAAUGACCUCAGCAAUGACCACCCCUCUUGGUUCUCCUUGACAGUGACCCAUUGGAACAGGCACAGAAUGACAGUAAUCUGUCACAAUCUUCCACUUUCCUACCCUACACUAUAUAUUGUUAAUUCCAAACGAUCAUAUGCCUGAAAAUGAAAGUGAAUGUCGCACAUAUAAAAGCUUCUUAUCAGUUGUCCUGUAUCUUUCUCCCUCUGUCACUAUGGCCCUCCUACCUGUCCAGAAAGAGGCCAGUGUAAAUGAAAGCAUUUGGGAUAAAACCUGGCGGUCUCCCAAUGCAGGAAGCUAGAACUGGGGCAUCGCUGGACAUCUAGGGACAACAUAGGGCAGAGAUCAUUCAUUUUCUUCACCAUAAAUUUUGUAUGCAUGCUCAUCUUUCAUCACAAGGUGGGGCACAUUACAAAACACAUAGAACUUUCAUUUGAUAAGACAAAUGGUAGCGAAAGUAUUUCCAAAAUAUAUUUCUGCUUUGUACUGUGCCUCUGUUAUGACAUGAUCUGAUUAUUAAUGUGAGUUGAAGUAUUUGUGAAUGGUUUUAUUCAAAGGCAGUGCAAUAGAUGUAGAACCUUACCCAUACAUAUUGCUUCUUCAGCCAACAAUCAAGUUUGGGUCACAAUCACUGCAGGAUCAUUAGUUGUUUUGUACAAGUGAGGUGUUUGGGUCAGGUUGCCACAUCUGUGUUGUGGUGUUGUAAACUGAUGAGACUGUAGCUACUGCCAUCUGCUGAGAAUGAGAGGCCAUCACAAAACUUGGAAAAAGAGUGGUGGUUUUGAUCACCUUGUGAGAAUGCAAUGGACACAGACUCAAGGUUUUGUAAGAGUUCAUGAAUAAAACCAUUUGAUGCCAA